GGUGCGGACCGGCGAGCAGAUAACCUCGCGGUCGGCGAUCCAGGCGCAGCUCUGCAGAUAGUCCUCCGUCCUCGCAGCUGCAGUGGUUGCUGGGACGUCGCGUCGCCGCCAUGGGACUAUCAGCCACCUUCUGUGCGUUCUGCUUUUUGUUCGGCCUGGCUGAUGCUGGUUUCUCCACGCCCCCGCACCGACUCGCGGACAGGGAGUUCCUGUCAAAGCAGACGAAGGUUCUGGAUCUCCUGUUGCACAUGGGCCAGUCCGACCUGGGCGACAAUCUGACGGUACCCUUCAGCCUGGAGGAGAACGCACACAGGUUCCAGGAGCCGGCGCUGGCGCAGCUGUUGGCUGCCAUGCAUUCUAGAGGCUUCCUCGUGGGUCGCGGGCAGACCUUCUCCAUACACCAUCAAGGCGAUAUUGAGCUGGCGAGGGUCACGGUGGAACUACUGCUUAGCGCACAGGACUUCGACACCUUCUAUUCGGCCGCCACGUGGGCCAAGCAGCGGCUGAGCGAGGCGUUGUUCUCGUACGCGUUAACGGUGGCGGUGCUGCGCCGAAACGACACCAGCGACGUGGUGCUGCCCGCGCCCUACGAGCUGUGGCCCCGGUACUUCGUCGGCCCUGACGUCUUGCGGCGGGCCUACGACGCUCGCCUACGCGGUGCAGCAGCAGAUGGUGAAAGGCCGCAGACAGUAUUGGCCAGCAGCAACCAGCGGCAUUCGGGCUGUCCAGAGGAUCUGCUGUCGUACUUCAGAGAGGAUGUCGGCCUGAACGGAAACUGGGCCAUGAAGCAUUUCCGCUGCCCCUUCUGGCUUUCUGGGGCAGUUUCGGCGUCCAGCUGUGAUCGCAGGGGUGAGCUGUUCUACUUCGCGCUGCGGCAGCUGGCGGCGCGCUAUGACCUGGAGAGGCUCUCCGCAGGGCUGGAGCCAGUCCAGCCCCUCCAGUACCCCACCGUCUACCAGGAAACCUAUCACUCAGAUGAGAGAGUUCCCAGUGAAUUAAGGUGUGCUCCAGAAGGCGAAGCGUUCCUACCGGACACCCCUCACGUAUGGGCGCUCAAAAUAUUCGAGGAGAGAAUAUGUGACGCUAUUGAUGUCGGAUACGCAGUUGAUAAAAACUACACAGAACACCCCCUGAGGAGGCCAGAGGCCAUUGAAAUCCUCGGAAACAUCGUCGAAGGCAACGCUGAUUCCUUAAACGAGAAUUUCUAUGGAUCACUUUACCGUGGUCUGUUAACGUCUUUCAGUCAAAGUGAAGACGCAUUUCCAGCAAAGCAAGUUGCCACCUUCAUGGAAAAUCCUGCUACAGCUCUGAGGGAUCCAUUAUUCUACAGAGCAGUUAAGAAAUUGCUGGGGGUUUUCAACCGUUUUCAAGAUCGCCUGGGACCAUAUAAAAGAGAAGAGCUGGAGUUCCCCGGCGUCAGGGUGGAGACCGUGUUGGUGAAGCCGCUGUCGACGCACCUGGAGCAGUUCGAGUUUGAGCUGGACAACGCGCUGCCGGCGCUCAACUCGUCGCGGCCUCGGCUGCUGGCCCGCCAGCGUCGCCUGACGGCGCGCCCCUUCCAGUACCAGCUGGCCGUCGCCAGCCAGCACGACGCCGACGUCGACGCCCUGUUGCGUGUCUACCUGGGGCCCCGCCGCCGCCCCGCCCAGCUCGACCACGACCGGCACCGUUUCGUCCUGUUCGACGCCUUCCGUGCGUCGUUGUCUCCCGGUGUGACGACACUGCGCCGCACUUACAAGGACCUGCGCUUCUACGGCCGGCCACCGCUGGCGGUGUCGGCACUACGUCGCCAGGCGAGGGCGGCGCUGUCUAGCGGCUGGCGGCUGUACGUGGACGACCUGGCGCGGCCGCUAGGCGGCGUGGAGCGCCUCGCUCUGCCGCGCGGUCGCCGCGCUCCGGCUGGACUGCCUUUGUCCCUGUUGGUCGUCAUCAGCUCUGCUCCCAACACGACCUCUGUUGCUACUACCAACAGCAGCAGGAAUACGACCAUAACUGCAGUCUCUUUCCCGCCCAGAGAUGGACGACCUGUGGGCUUCCCUCUCGACAGACCUAUCGACCAUGACGGCGACUUCGACCUGCCGAAUGUACGCUUCGCAGAUAUCACCAUUGUGCAUAGGGGGUAGCCGUUCCAACAGCACUGUGCUUACACUCUUGUACGCCAAAGAAACACACCACAAAUAAAAGACUUUCCUCAAUUUCUAAA